UAAUAUGUUACAUAUUUAUAAUUACGUAUACAGCAUAAACUCAAUUUCUUUGACGUAAAAAUACAAUUACAUUUAUUUUUUAUUUAUUUUAAAUGAAGUUAAAACAAAUUUAUUUCAUAAUUUAAAAAUACAAAUAUAUUUUAAAUUUAAUUUGAUAGACAUGAGUAAAUUAUUAUAAUUGCAAAUGAUUUUACUUGUGCUAUUUUUGUAACAAGUGAUAUGCAAAAAUAUAAUCUAACAUAAUAUAACAAAAAUAUUUUUAAAAAAUGAUUAUGGAGAUUAAACAUGUAGAUAAUAAUUUGCCACUUCCUCCUGAAAAAAUGCCUAAAUGUUGGAAUGAAGAAGAAAGAAUCAGUGCUUUAUUUUCUCCUUUUCGAAGUAAAUCAGUAAAUUCACAAGAUUGGAUAUCAAAAUAUAAAUUUUGGCAAAAUUUAAUAUAUGAAUGGUUAAAAUAUACUAGGAAAAGUAGUUUUUCUAUUUCAGAUUUAAAUAAUGCCUUUAAAAGAAAAGGUUGUACACCUCUUUGUUUAAUAACUGUUGUUGAAGAACUUCUUCGGAAUAAUGAAAUAAUUUUAGAAACUGAAUUUUUGAAAGAACCUUGUGAAUCAUGGACAGCAUGGUCAAUUGACAUACUUGUGAAAAAACCACUGACAUGGUCAUUUUUAAAAGUUAAAAGUUAUGUUGUUAACAAUGAAAUUAAUAAAGAAACUAGAUAUAUAAACUUACAAAUUAUUAAAGAAUUUGGAGAUAUUUUGUUUUCUAUUUUAGAAAAAAGAAAAGACAAUAUUCUUAUAUCAUUUUCUGAGCUAACAAAAUGUUACAGAUCUGAAAUAGACCAAAAUAUAUCAGAUAAUACGGUAAUGUUAAUCUUGAUGUGGUUAAGACGUGAAAAAAAAAUAGUACUUAAAAGUAAUGAAAAUGAAAAUGAAUUAUUGAUUAAAAUUGCUGCACAUUCAUCAGAUGGUGUAACUGAAAUUGAGGAAGGAUUAUACAAGUUAAUUAAACAAGAAAAUGAACUUAUAAAAGAAAUAGAAUUUAUGGAAAAAGAAAAAAUUAAUAUUAUUAAUGAAGCUAAAUCAUAUUUAAUUAAAGGAUUACGACAAGUAGCAAAAACAUAUUUAAGAAAAAAAAAAGAAUUAGAAAAAACUAUUGAAAAUCGAAUACAAACACUUGACAAUAUUCAAAGUCUUAUAACAAGUAUUCAAAAUUCUCAUACAAAUAAUGCUGUGUUAUCAGCUUACAAAACGGGAUCACAUGUAUUAAAAAAACUUAAUGAAAGUGGUUUAUCAGAAUCUAAUGUUAAAAAUAUUAUGGAUGAUCUUGCAGAAGCUAUAGAAGAUCAAAAAGAUGUACAAGUUAUGUUAUCAGAAUCUUUGAUAAAUGAUGAUUCAAAUGCUGAUUUAGAAGAGGAAUUGGCAGAACUAAUGAAAUUUGAUGAAAAUAUUUUCCCUCCUGUACCAAAUGCAGAACUAAGUUUUAAUGUCGAUGAACUUCAAAAGGAACUUCAAAACUUAAAUGUUGAAGAAAAUAUUACUAAUGAAUCAAGUCAAUUACCAAAUAAUCAUAAUAAAAAAGUAAUAAAUAUCACUAAAUAG